CGUUCAACAGUUUACAGUGGUCCGGAGCGUGUAGAGUCGAAACCAAUAGAUCAUAGAUCCUCCUCGAUACCGAUUCCAAAUUGAUCGUGCGGCAGACGGGAUCAGUUCUCGCCUUCUAAACCGACGACCCCUUCCAACGUUCGCGGCAACUCGCGUUCGACACACAAUCAGGGAAUACGGUUUUCCAUUCCCACCAUCAAAGGAUACAACUUGGCAAACAUGAAGUUGAUGUGUACAGCGACAACGCUGGCUUUGGUCCUUCUGCUGGCCACCAGCUAUGCCAACGCUGAGGGCGAGAAGAGCUCUGCUGCCGAGGAGAAAAAGGCCGAGCCUGAGGCCAAGCCAGCCGAGGCAGCUGCCAGCGAAGACACCACAAAGUCCAAGCGCGGUCUGCAUCACUACGAGGACUACCAUCAUCAUCACCAUCAUGUGCCACACUUCCCCGUCCAUGAGGAGAAGACACUGACGGUGAUCAAGAAGGUGCCAGUGCCCAUUCCCAUUGAGAAGAUUGUGCAUGUUCCCGUGGAGAAGCACAUCCAUGUGCCCGUUAAGGUCAAGGUUCCUAAGCCCUAUCCAGUGAUCAAGCACAUUCCCUACGAAGUCAAGGAGAUCGUGAAGGUGCCCUAUGAAGUGCCAGCGCCAUAUCCAGUUGAGAAGAAGGUUCACUACGCCGUCCAUGUGCCCUAUGAUCGCCCUGUGCCCGUAAAGGUUCAUGUGCCCGCACCUUACCCAGUCGAGAAGAAGGUUCAUGUGCCCGUUAAGGUCCAUGUGCCAGCCCCCUACCCCGUUGAGAAGAUCGUUCAUUACAAUGUGGAGAAGCACGUGCAUGUCGACAAACCCUAUCCCGUCGAGAAGGUUGUCCACUAUCCCGUGAAAGUGCCCGUCGAUAAGCCAGUGCCCCACUACAUUGACAAGCCAGUGCCCCACUAUGUGGACAAGCCAGUGGCCGUGCCAGUGAUCAAGAAGGUGCCAGUGCCCGUCCAUGUGCCCUAUGAUCGUCCAGUGCCAGUGCAUGUUGAGAAGCCAGUGCCCUAUGAGGUCAAGGUUCAUGUGCCCGCACCCUACCCAGUGAUCAAGGAGGUGCCCGUUAAGCACGAGAAGGAGGUUCCGUACCCAGUGAAGAUUCCCGUGGAGAAGCCCGUCCAUGUUCAUAUCCAGCAGCACGUGCCUGAGUACCAUGAGAAGCACAUCAGCUACAAGGAGCCCGAGUUCCACCACAAGCACAUCGAGGAGGAUCACCAUCACGCCCCCGUCUAUCACCAUUCAUCGCACUCACAUCCCAUCGAGGAGCAUGAGCACGAGGUGGAGCAUGAUUUUUCUUAUCAUGACUAUUCUUCAUAUCACGGUUACUAAAUUGGUGAAAUGAACUCUUUCUUUCUAUCUCUAUCUCUCUUUUGCAGCAUUGAAAAGCGCAAGCGCUCCGGUAAUGAAUGGAAUAGCAGUCGUAACAUUUCCAAACUUCCAAACUUCCAACCGACAUUCCAAGUCCAGUCCCUUUCCAAAAAGAUACGAAACACUACCCAUACCAUACCGUACCAUCCAUUCCAUAUAAUUCCCAUUCCAAUGAUCAACUGAUUAAUACGAAUACUUGCUAUGCAGAACGUGAUAAACGAUGAUUGAGAUUCAGAGAAAAUUAGACAAGAAAUGACGAACUUAGUUAGUGGUUUUACAGACCGAACCCUCUUCUAGCCCUAAGCCAUAAACAUACCACACAGAAACAAAACAAAGGAAAACCAUCCAAACGUUGACGAAAAUACCCGUGAGAAAUGUACGAGAGAAUUGUUAAAACGAACUUUAGUUAUAGAACCUCUAAGCGACACAUUUGGGCCGCACAGCCCACACAACGAGAACGAAAUCGAAAUCGAAAUCGAGAACAAGAACAAUUAGAACCCCACUCCCUCCCCAAGACACAGUCAGACAGACACAGACACUUGGAUCUCGCGGGGAUCUCUCUCUCCAGGAUCCAAUGGAUGUUGUACUGGUGCUGUGGAUUGUUGGAUCGGACUGACCACCUUGGGUGCAUCUUGAUGUGGUUGCUGCUGCUGUUUUGUCCUCCAGCCGCGGCUCCUCCUUCUUCUGCUCUGCUCUGGUCCCACGACUCGUGCACCCGGUUCCAAGCGAUCAUCUACGAUCAUCAGCGAUCAACGAUCAGCGAUCAUUCAGUUGUGUGCAGCGUCCCAGCGUUGUAAGCGUGUGAUAAGACUUCUGCUAGCGUUAAGUUUGUAGUUCGAUAAGGAGACGCCUGCCAACAGCAAGCGCCUAUUUAAGUCAGUUUUUAAAUGAACGUAUUGUAUUAGUGUUUUUUAAUAUUUUCGCUACCUAGCCUGUAAUACAUCUACAUCUAUACAUACAUAUAUAAACAUA